GGGCGCUUGGUGUCAGCAGGGGGCGAAGGGGGCCCCCGAGCCAAGACCCUCGGCAGCCCUCCCGCAGCCCCGCUUGGCCUUGAGGAGGAGGCGCCGCUCUGCCCCGCUCCGGAAGGGAUGGGAUCGGAGAGCAGCGCUUUGAAGAGCUACAGGCUGGAGGAGCCGCCUUUCACCCUGCCCUCUGGACUCGCCGUUUACGCCGCUGUCCUGCAGGAUGGCAGAUGCGCUUCCGUCUUCGUGUAUAAGAGGGAAAACGAAGACAAAGUUAACAAAGCUGCCAAGCAUUUGAAGACACUCCGUCACCCUUGCCUGCUGAGAUUUUUAUCUUGCACUGUGGAGGCAGAUGGGAUUCAUCUAGUCACUGAGCGAGUGCAGCCUCUGGAAGUGGCUUUAGAAACGCUGUCUUCCGCUGAGGUCUGUGCGGGCAUCUACGACAUCCUGCUGGCUCUCAUCUUCCUUCACGACAGAGGACACCUAACGCACAACAAUGUCUGCUCGUCGUCUGUGUUUGUGAGCGAGGACGGGCACUGGAAGCUGGGAGGGAUGGAGACGGUCUGCAAAGUUCCUCAGGCCACACCCGAGUUUCUGAGGAGUAUUCAGUCAGUCAGAGACCCAGCAUCUAUCCCUCCUGAAGAGAUGUCUCCAGAAUUCACGACCCUGCCCGAGUCACACGGACAUGCCCGGGACGCCUAUGCAUUUGGGACCCUGGUGGAAAGUCUGCUCACAAUCUUAAGCAGACAGGUUUCAGCGGACGUUCUCUCCAGCUUGCAACAGACCUUGCACUCAGCCUUGCUGAAUCCCCUUCCAAAAUGUCGGCCAGCGCUCCGCACCUUACUGUCCCAUGACUUCUUCAGGAAUGAUUUUCUAGAAGUUGUGAAUUUCUUGAAAAGUUUAACAUUGAAGAGUGAAGAGGAGAAAACGGAAUUUUUCAAGUUCCUGCUGGACAGAGUCAGCGGCCUGUCGGAGGAGCUGAUAGCCUCGCGGUUGGUGCCGCUGCUGCUUAAUCAGCUGGUGUUUGCGGAGCCCGUCGCUGUUAAGAGUUUUCUUCCUCAUCUGCUCGGCCCCAAAAAAGACAGUGCGCCGGGGGAGCCGUCUCGUCUGCUGUCGCCGGCCCUGUUCCAGUCGCGGGUGAUCCCGGUGCUGCUGCGGCUGUUCGAGGUGCACGAGGAGCACGUGCGGAUGGUGCUGCUGUCCCACCUGGAGGCCUACGUGGGGCACUUCACCCAGGAGCAGCUGAAGAAAGUCAUCCUGCCGCAGGUGUUACUGGGCUUGCGUGAUACCAGCGAUUCCAUUGUGGCCAUUACUCUUCACAGCCUGGCAGUGCUGGUGUCUCUACUUGGACCAGAGGUGGUUGUGGGAGGAGAAAGAACCAAGAUCUUCAAACGCACUGCCCCAAGUUUUACUAAAACGGUCGACCUUUCCCCGGAAGAUUCUCCCCCACACGUCGUCUGUAGCCAGCAGCGUCCGAUGGCACCAGUCUUGGAGAACCCCUCCUCUGGCGUAUUCCCUAAAUGUCUCUCUUCUGGCAGCAUGCCCAUCAGCAAGAAGCACAUACAACAAGCUUGCUACAAUCCUCUUUUACAGACAGGUUCUGUACAUGUCCCCACAGGUGAUCAGUUUCCUCAGCCUAUUACAUUUCCCAUGAAUGGACUCUCAGAUGUGAAAAAUACCUCAGGAGAUCGUGAGAACUUCCCAUCAAGUUCUAAAAAGUCUGAGGAGUGGCCUGACUGGAGCGAGCCCGAGGAGCCUGAAAACAAAGCUGUCAGCAUCCGGGUUUGUCCUACAGAAUCCUACGAUGCCUCCACAUCCCCGCUGGCUGACGUGCAGGCGGAGGAGGCGUGGGACGACCUGGAGCCUGGCAGCUUGGAUGCUGAGCCUAGCGCGGGAGGUGGAGGCCCAGCUGUCCCCCCGGGUGCCUCUGGGGAACAGGAGGCUCUUCCUACUUUGCUUUCACUCACUGAAGAGUCCGAGCCUUGGAAACCGAGUCUACCCCAAAAGACUGGUCUUGCACAAAGCAGGGAUGACCCAGACCAAACCAAGCCACCAAAAGUGUCAUCACAAGAAAGGCGCCUCACGCCUUCAUCAGAACUUGGUUUAGGAGAAGAGUUCACCAUUCAGGUAAAAAAGAAGCCAGUCCCAGAUCCAGAGUUGGACUGGUUUGCCGAUAUGAUUCCAGAAAUUAAGCCUUCAGCUGCUCUUCUUAUUUUGCCUGAACUGAGGACAGAAAUGAUGGUUUCUGACAAGGAUGACGUCUCACCAGUGAUGCAGUUUUCCUCGAAAUUUGCUGCAGCAGAGAUGACUGAGGGAGAGUCUGCAGGCUGGGGAGACGAAGGGGAGCUGAACUGGGAAGAUAAUAACUGGUGACAACGGGUGGAACUUUAGGAAAAAGGAUUUCCUUAAAAAAAAAAA